AUGGAGAUGGAGUCGGACACCGUAGACGUUGGCGAGUCCGCCUCUACCGCAACAGACGUUGACAGGUCUUUCUCCACCACUACAAACUCCACCUUCUCUCUUCUAUUCUCUCUCUACCCCGGUGGUCCGUCUGCGGUCGUCGCAUAUCGACGGACUGGCGUUCGACGUAUCGUUCAAAUUUCUCGCCGCCAGCGUGGGACUACCAAGGUUCCACCGGACCACAAGUACAUUGGUUUAGUUAUCCGAUGUGUAUCUGAAGACGAAGGCUAUUGUACGUCGAUUCAGAGUAUGAUUGCUGCCACAUACAUGAAUCAUCGUUUACCACUACUUUUGCUCAAUUUCUGCAUCCGGUUCUUCACGUUUCUUCCACCUAAAGAAGAAGAAGAAUCAGUCUUCUUCUUUUUGUUUAUCACGUUUCAUCUUGGUAGAAAUCGAAUAAGAAUUGGUUCAUUAAUUCAAGAUGCAAAUAUGUUUGCUCCCUAUGCAGAUAUGUUGAACCAUUCUUGCAAGCCAAAUUGCUUUUCCCAUUGGAGAUUCAGAGACCGAAUGUUUGAGGUGAUGACAAAUGUUGGACAAAGGAUUAAAAAAGGGGAAGAGAUGACAGUGAAUUACAUGAGUGGCCAGAGGAACACAUCACUUAUGCAAAGAUAUGGCCUUUCUUCACCCGAUAAUCCUUGGGAUGUGCUUCCAUUCUCUGUAUUGGACUGAUUGUGACAGAGUCAAGAACAUUGCCUACAUGGUCUGAAAAAGACAUUCCUCCAAUCGCAAGUCAAGAGAUAAAAGCUGUCAAAUCACUUCAACAAGAAUGUCAGCAAAUUCUUUCACAAUAUUCCACUGCUUCCAAACAAGAUCAACAUAUCCUAGAUUCUACACCGGAAAUGAGAUGCACACGUGAAGCUGCAAUCAAGUAUGUUGUACUGUGUUCGGUCUGUAUUGGACUGACUGUGACAGAGUCUGUCCGAUGUCAAUAGGACAAUUUUUAUUUUUUGUUCCGCCCCAAAAGGUGGACUGGGGAAUGGUUCUUGAUUAGUGUGCAGCCAAGAUUUUCACAGAACAUAAUUUAAUGAGGGGCAAGGACAAAGAAUGAAUAGGAGCCCUUGGUGACAUUGGAAAAUGAAAUAAUAAAGGUCCAAGUUAAGCUUUCUUCACUUCUCCAUUCUCGAUUUGGUUUAGAUCCCAUUAAAAGCUUUGUCUCCAUUUCUUCAUUCUUGAUCUGGUUUUGAUCAGAAAGGUAUAAAUGAGGUUGAAAAUCUUUAAGGGGUAUCCUAUUAUGCAUCACAGGGUCGGAAGCUAAGUUUGCUGAUCUUGGACACUUUUCUCAUUUGACUAUCCACGUUUGCUGAUCUUUAUUUAUUUUUAAGGGUAAAUGUAAGAAAAAUAGAACUAUAUUAAGUCUGUUGCUAUUAUGGUGAGAAAUACAGGUAUAUUGACAAUUUGAGUUAGUCUUUUGACAGUUGUUGACGAGCCAGUUAUUAUUAU